AUGAGCAGGUUAAGAUCUGCGGUGCAGAAGGGGAAACUAACAGCUUUGGAGAAUACAAAGGUGAUCAAAUCCAGCAAUAAGAAGAAACCAAAGCCUACCAUUAAAGAAGAGGAACUAUCUGAAAUGGUACCCUCGUCAUAUCACAUUUUCCAUGACCCAUCUGAAAUCUCUCUUUUCCGCUCUCGCCUCCUGCACUGGUAUGAUCAAUAUAAGAGAGAGCUUCCCUGGAGGACAGUGGCUAUGAAAGAACCAGAUGUUAAUAUCAGGACAUAUGCAGUGUGGGUCUCAGAAAUCAUGUUACAACAGACUCAAGUUGCCACGGUGAUAGACUACUAUAACAAGUGGAUGAAGAGAUGGCCGAGUGUGGAAAAACUAGCUGCAGCUACACUGGAGGAAGUGAACCAAAUGUGGGCAGGUCUUGGAUACUACUCUCGGGGACGCAGGCUACAUGAAGGAGCCAAGAAAGUGGUAUCAGAGCUGGGUGGGCAGAUGCCAAGGACCACAGAGGAACUUUUGAAACAGCUGCCUGGGGUGGGACGUUACACUGCAGGUGCAAUUGGCUCGAUAGCACUUGGACAGGUGACAGGUGCAGUUGACGGAAAUGUGAUUCGAGUUCUGUGCCGUGUUCGGGCAAUAGGAGCAUAUAGCACCAGUCCCACUGUAACGGAUGCUUUGUGGAAAAUUGCAGAUAGAAUCGUGGAACAAGAGAGACCUGGAGAUUUUAAUCAGGCUAUGAUGGAGUUAGGGGCCAGAGUUUGCACCCCAAAAUCCCCUCUCUGCAGCCAGUGUCCAAUUCAGACCAAUUGCCAUGCAUUUAGGAAGGUGAGCAUUAAACAAGAGAAGGACUCAAAAAGACUUCCAAGUAAUCUGGCUGCAAAUCCUAAUACCUUAGUUCCUGACAUAGAGAAUUGUUCGGCCACUGGCAAUUGUAACUUGUGUCUGUUAGAGGAAUGGGACCCCCAAUUGGGGGUGCAAAAUUAUCCAAGAAAGCCUUUCAAAAAAGCUCCACGUGUAGAGCAAACCUUGACUUGUAUAGUGGAGCGUCAGCGAGCCGGAGAGGAGAUAGAGUAUCUGCUCACUCAAAGGCCAAACAAAGGACUCUUGGCUGGGAUGUGGGAGCUACCCAGUUUUAUCUUGGAGGCUGGGGUCUCAGAAAAUAAACAUAAAGGCUUGUUAUGUAGCAUGAUGCAAAAAUUACUUGGAACAUCAUUAGACACAGACUUACUUCAGUUUGUGGGAGAGGUGGUGCAUAUUUUCUCCCACAUCCAUCAAACCUACAUUGUAUUUUCCUGUUGUGUAUCUGACUGCUCAGAGGCAGAGCAAGAGCAGAAGACAUCCUGGCUCACUAAAUCUGCUCUGCAGGGGGCAGCUGUAUCAACAGGUGUUAAAAAGAUUAUGAAGCUCUAUGAAUCUACAAAUAACGUGGGCAGCAAGGAUAAGAAGAGAAAACUCAGCCCUCUGGUUGGAAAAGAGAAACGAUCCAACAAAACAAAAAGGCUCAAGGAAAGUGCUACUAAUGGAGGGCCCAAACAACUCUGCCUCAGUGAAUUCUUUUCUACCUCAAAGCCAGCAGCCAAAGCUAACGGCAAACACAGUUGAAAGCUGAUGUGUAAAUUAUGUUCUAGUAGUGUCGAUCGUUUUAUACUCCGAGGUCAUCGUCACCACAUAAUAUCUUCAACCCCUUUUAAAAGGAUAGUUGAUUAUUAAAAGGUACAUUUUAAAUGGAUAAUACUCCCCCC